GCCGACGACUGCUUAGGUACACGCUCGGAAAACAAUCAGCAACCCCUGAAAAUAAUGGCCUCAACCGGUGAGAUCGAGGGCGGCAACGCCAAAAGAUCCCGGAACACUUCCAGUCGGGAAAGACGGCGUUUACAAGAGCGGGGAAGGCCCAGGCGGGACAGGAAACCUUUCCCUUUCCUGAGCUUGCCGGGUGAGAUCAGAAACGAGAUAUACUGGGAGGUUCUUGGCUGGGACGUGGAUCGAAGGGGAUCUCGUCUUGGUGAUCAGCCUGCCAUCACCCGGGUCAACAGACAGGUCCGGACUGAGGCCCUUAGAAUCUACUAUAAUUAUUCGGCUUUCGAAGUGAGGACAAGUAACUCGGAAGAAUGGGUCCCCUUUGUCCAGAGGGUCCUGUAUGCCUUCAACGGUGGUCCCCGCGGCUUGCCCGGCGGUUCAGAAAGCACACUGCAGUUACUCGGGGCUUUGCAGGUGGACUUCUUGACGGACGACGGAGAGCCCCAGGUUCGUAUUGAAGUCGAGCUCGAGCAUUCCCCGGAGAACGCCAUGGAAAUAGACCCAGAGUAUGAUUGUGAAGCCGUGGUGGUGGGAAGUCCCGAUCUGGACUGGACGGAUGCCGCGGCCGCCCAGGCUGCGUGCGACGAGGCGGCGAGAAAGCUUGCAAACGACAUCACAAGGAGGACUACCCCAGUCGACGACGAGGAGGACCUUGAGCUUUUUGCAGCCUCAACCCCUGCCGACCACAGAGCGGCGCUGGAUGCCACGCGUCUCUUAGCACUGGCGUGCCCGUUUCUGCGCCCGUCAGUCUGUAUCUGCGACGCCUCCGAAGUCGAGAGCUACGAAGCCGGAGAUGGAGGAUGGACAGACGGAGACUUCUCAGAUGGUGAUCCAGAUAGAUAUGGAUAUGACCCAGAUACCCCUGCUGGGUGGAUGUAUUUCUAACUAGUUUUACUUCUAUUUUACAUGCAUCUACAGACA